AUGAUAGAAUCGACAUUCUUAGACUAUCUCACCAAGUUUAAGGUGACGACCUAUGCCGGAGUCGAGGAUUUCGCAGACAAGUUCAACUUCAUUUUCACGGUGAUAGUUCUCUCCCUGUGCACCGUCAUCAUCACUGCGAAAAGCUACCUCCUGAAACCCAUAGCCUGCUAUAUCUCCACCGAAGUUGGCGGAACCAACCUGCUCAACUAUGUUGAAAACUACUGCUGGGUACAGGGAACAAUCCCUAUCUCCUAUGCCAGCAAAAUGCCCCAAAAUGAUGCCGAAUGGGCGGAAUUGGAGAAUGUAAAAAUACUUUACUACCAAUGGGUUCCGUUUGUGUUGGGUCUCCAGUGCUGCCUCUUCUACACCCCGCGUCUUAUCUGGCAGGCGAUCUGCUACAAUCGCACCGGGACUGAUUUGGAGAACCUUGUCAAUCAGGCUAUGACGGCCAUGCAUAGCGACGAAAAGAGUCGCCAGAGCACCGUGGACAACAUUGCAGAGGGCAUCGAACACCUCCUCUUCCAAGGUCAGAAAAGAGCUAUGCUGGAUCGUGAAGCAUCGAGGGGUAGUGGUCGAAGUGGCACGGACUCAGAAGGCGAGAAAAUGUUGGACUACUCAAGCGAAAAGCAUCACAGACGCAACCUUGCUGUCCAAAGCGCACGUCUUCGCAUUUUGUCAAAGCGUCGUGGCAAUUACAUUGUACUGACAUACUUGCUCAUCAAAGUGCUUUACCUCGCCAACGCCGUAGGCCAGAUGUUUUUGAUGCAACACUUUCUGGGUUUUAACUCAACCUCGAGUCCACUCUUUGGAAUUAGUGUACUCAAAAACAUUAUCAAUGGUCACGACUGGCAAAUGACACAGAUAUUCCCCCGUGUUGGCUUUUGCUAUGCCGAGAUGAAGAUUCUUGGUGUUCGCGUGAACGGUGUGACCGCACAGUGUGCCCUGCCUGUAAAUAUGCUCAAUGAAAAGCUCUAUAUCUUUCUUUGGUGGUGGAUCCUGGCAGCGGCUAUUAUCACUGCUAUCUAUUUACUCCUCUGGAUCGUUCGAAUCUGCGCAAGAUCACGUGAAGUAGACUACAUUAUUAAGUAUAUCAGAUUCGCUGAUGAUGUUCCUCAAUUCGAUGAGCGCGAUGUCGAUGAUUUCGCUCUCCGCUUCCUCCGUCACGAUGGCAUAUUCCUCAUUCGUAUGGUUCGCAUGAAUGCCGGUGAUGUUGUUGCAGCUGGGGUUGUAAACGCCCUCUGGAACCGAUACCAACAACGCCUAGAGUCGAGGGACCGCGACCCCCUGACCAACAAUCUACGCCCCAAUAUUGGUUGGUCUGCUGAUCUCGAAAAGGGUGGAGACAAUACCACUGUGAGAAACAGGGCACCCGAAAUGGCUUCCACUGACUUAAAGGCCUUGGUCACGGCGGCAGCAAUUGUUAGGCGCAUGCAUUUUAUCGGGCUGACGUCUCCUGGAGUCGAUUUUCUCCUCAUCCUGGUGUCAUGA